ACAGCGACAACUGAAAGAAAGAUGCGAAACAGCCAACGGGAAAUAACUCUUGUAAUACCCGGUAUAAGCUUUUCAAAAGCUUCGACUGCCAGCUGUCUCAUUAUCGAACCUCCACGUCAAGUCAUUUACGAAUCAUGUGAAAAACUGUAAAACAAGUGUAGCAGUAGGCUAAGCUAAUGAGUACUGGCAUGUACCAAACAGAAGCAGCUGUGCUCGUUGUUGAACGAAAUGAUGUUGCAUUUACUGGCAUUUUCAUAGAUCAAAAUAUGAAGAGGAAUUCUAGAUCUAGAUCUAGAAUCUAGAUCUAAGAAAAUUUAGGCUUUUCCGUCACUGUCAGUAACGGUAACUUUCUGUAAUCUAGGCUCGAGUGUUGGGUGUUUAAUGCCAUCUUAAAAUCAAGAUGGGGAAAAAAGUGAAAGCCCACCACCGUGAUCUACGGGAAUUCAAGGCUAUGGUCGCCAAACAAGAGGAGAGGGUGAAGACUUCCAUGUGUUCAAUGAAGUACUUGCAAGAAAUGCUAGUGACUUUGGCGCUUAUUUUGUUUAUGUACAUAUUCUCAAUUGGACUUACAUUCUACAACCGGUAUUUAUUCAAGAAUAGCUCCGUGACACUGUCCAUCACAUUGUGUCACUUUGUGUUCAAGUUUGUGGCCUCGAGCAUCAUCCGCCUAUUACUAGAGUGUAAGAACAAAGAGCCACGGGUGAUGCUUGACUGGAAGACAUACUGCAAACGAGUGGCUGCUGCAGGCAUUGUGGGUUCCCUUGACAUUGGCUUCUCAAACUGGAGUUUUGAGUUUAUAACAAUAUCCUUGUAUGUUAUGUCCAAGACAACUUCAGUGAUAUUCAUACUGAUUUUCUCUCUGGUACUCAGGCUGGAAAAAUUUCGCUGGAGUCUGAUCCUGGUGGUGCUGUGCAUCUUCUCCGGCCUGUUCCUGUUCACCUUCCACUCGACGCAGUUCAACCUGGAGGGCUUCAUCCUGGUCAUGAUGGCCUCGGUGCUGUCCGGCCUGCGCUGGACGCUGGCUCAAAUUGUGCUGCAGAAGAAAGAUUUGGGUUUGCAGAAUCCUCUGGAUAUGAUGUACCAUAUACAGCCCUGGAUGAUUCUAGCUCUUUUCCCACUCUCUGCUGGGAUGGAAGGUGUGAGUGUGUCCAGCAGUAGCCACUACUUCGGCUUCUACGAUUGGUCCACUCUGAUGUCCUCCCUGGGCAUGAUCAUGAUCGGGGCGGGGCUGAGCUUCAUGUUGGAGCUCAGCGAGUUCCUGCUGGUGUGCCACACCUCUAGCCUCACCCUCUCUAUAUCCGGCAUUUUUAAGGAGCUGUGUGCCUUUGUCCUUGCUGUCCUGAUUAACCAUGAUGAGACGAGUCUCUUGAACGGUGUCGGUGUUGUCAUCUGCCUGUUGGGAAUUGUCUUGCACGUUGUAACCAAAGCAGUCUAUGGAAAAGAGUCGGAGGAAGUAAAUCACAAAGUGAACGGUUCCGUGGAGACAGUGGAGAUGUUACGUCGAGAUGGCUCGGCCAAUCAGGAGGACACGGAGAGUGAUGAGGUGGAUUUGUUCAGUGUGGAGAGAGACAGAUAGCGGCUGGCAGAAGCCUGUGGGUGAAAGGUCAUGGGGGUCAUGGAGGGACAUGUGAUGUGAUGAAGUAGUUUCAAAUUAUUGGUUUUGAUUAAUGUAUACUACUACUGUAUUAUAACAUGUGUUUGUGUGCAUGUAUAUGUUUGUGUGUGUGUGUUCAUGUAUGCUUGCUUGCUUGCUUUUAUACUUGAUUGCUUGCUUGAGAGAGAGAGUGACAGAGAGAGAGAGAGAGAGAGAGACAGACAGACAGACAGAGAUGGGGAAGUGAGAGAAGGAGAAAUGAAAGCGUAAAUGCAGAUGAGAGCGUACAAAGAGGAAUCGGGGAUAGGGGUGGGGGUAUGCAGAGCUGGGAACAUGCGUGUAUGUUGUUUUGUAACAGUGCCAAGGAAAGAGAUUAUGAAAUGUUAUAGCUGGUUUUACAUCUGUGACAUUUUACUUUGAUGCUGUGCUUUUUUUGUGGGACCAGGACUGAGCUUGUAGUGAGGAAAUGGGUUUUCUGUAACUUUUCUGGUAUAUUUGAUUAAUAAUAAUUUUUCUGUUUUCUUACAUACUGUGAUCCUCUAUGUAUUAAUGUGCAUCUCUCCGACAUGACAAUUUAAUAUACAUUCACCAUUCAGGAAGACUGUCAUAUAAUGCCAGAGUUGAAUGAUUUUGGUACAUAACAGUUUUCUUGGAUGGCAACAAUAUUUACAUUCAGUCUGUCAAUAACUUAUAUUAUAUUUCUGUUAGAUAACACUCCAGAUUUAGUCAUUUUAUAUUUGUUCCUCUCUUUACGCGAUGACUUGAAAGAAGACUUUAGACAUGUUUUUGUUAGUUUGGAAAAUAUUAUAUUAAUAUAUUGUCUCUUGUAUGUUUUAGUUCAAACAUUUUUUUUCAUAGUAGAGUGCUAUUGCGACAAGAUUUUCAUUCCCUUUAAGGGUCCAAUCAGUGUGCGCACAUUUCAACAAUGUUAUGCUCUAGCCUUGUAACUGGUGUUUUGGACAUUUUUUCAAUGCACAACAUAAAACACGUUGACCGUGGGUGGUUGGUGGGUGCUCUGGUUUGGUUUCCUCCUUCAAACAUAUAUUAUCUUUAUCGUUCCUCCUCCUUCUUCAUAUGUUACUCUCUGGUAUCACUUCAAAUCUUUUGCACUUAAUUGACCUUAUUGUGUUACACAUGCUAUAAAACUCUAAAGCUAACAAACUAAAUUUUUUUAUGUAAAUGUUGUAAACAGACACAAAAGUUAGCCCAUGGUAAUUCUCUUCUACUUAUAUUAAUUGUACCUGAUUAAUUCCCAAUUUUUGCAGAGAAUCCACAGGAUCGUUUUAAACAGUUGUUUUAGAGCAAAAGAAGUGUUGACUUUUUUCUGCCAGCUACACAAUGAGAGCAAGUAUAACACCAUCAAUUUAUUUGUGAGGUUUGUCCUCAGAAGGUGGAGGUGCCCUAUCAGUUGAGCUAUCGGUGGGAUAGUGUCUUGUUUUUCUAGAGACAAUUAAUCUAACAUGGCGUAAUGGUAGUAGUGUUUAUUAAAUAAAUGUGAUUUACUUUGGACGUUGACACUCUUCUUGUUUUCCACCGCUCAUAAUCAAAAGAGUUUUUAUUGUUAAGAAACUCUCAGUUGUGUUUCCUGAUUUCUUUACACAGCGCAUUUUUGGCAUUCAUGUGCUUGUAAGUUUAGAGGAAUAGAAUCCUUGUAAGUGACGUUUUGGUUAAAAAGGUUCAGUUUACUGUACUUACGUUUUACUUGGCAGAAAAUAUGUUUGAUAUUAUAUUGAUUACGAAAAAAAGACUUCAGAGGUAGUGUAUUGUGGGUAAACGUUAUCACAAUUAUGAUUAUUGUAGGAAUGAAGAGAGGGAUUUGACAAGUGACCUCUGAUAAUUAUCUACUUAGGUCUGACUUGUUUCUUGUUUUAUGUUUUUAAGGUAUGUUCUGAUACCUGCUUUGUAUGAAAAGCAAAUAAACAAACUGGUUCUAUACUUUUUUUAAAAAAAUGAUUGAUUGUAAAGGAAAUUACUCUAAAUCUGGCUUGUUGGCGCAGGUAGAGUGAGUUUCCAUAAAAGAUCUCUGAUGUUGUUAGAACAUGCCGUCUUUCCUUUUCUCUUUUCACGAUGGAUUCUUAUGAGAUCUGUUAAGGCUGUCUGUGAAUCUGAAUCUGAAGAUGUCACCAUUUGAAAAGUGAUAAUGGUGUCUGUCUUUUUAAGGCAUUGAAGUAUAUUCAUGAAGUCUGUUAUUGUUAUUAACUUCAAUAUUUCGACAGUAUUUGAUAAUUGUCUUUGGGUAUUUUGUGUAUUGUACUUCUCAUGGCCACAAACAAUUUUUAAAGCUCAGGUUACUAACUUACUUAGACUUAGGGAUUCCCAGGCUUUGAGAAGCUUAAGGCAAUCAGAGAUGACCCGUCUGCAACAAAGGAGGGGACAUCACUCCAUUUCUUGGCUACUAGUUUCAGGCCUUUCGCUGUUGUCUGUUUCAAGUUCAUCUUUGGUUAUCCUCAGCCUCUUUUCCCAUUGAUUGCGCAGCCAGAUUGAAAAUUACUGAGUUUGGAAGUCGUAGGAUAUGUCUGAGCCAUCUCAUUCUUUUUUUUGCGUUAUAUGGUGUUUGUCCGCAUGUCCCAUUGGGAUCUUUCUUUUUCUCCUUUGUUCAUAAUUAAGUCUUUCCAGAGGAUAAGCUCAGGUUCAGUAGUAUCAGUUGUAUUACUUUUGUGGUGAUAACUUAGUUGAAUCCCCAAUGGGGGGGGGGGGGGGUGUCCUUGAACUUUGGUUGUGCAGAAAGUUUUCAAGUCUCUCUGCAGUUUGGCUUUGUUCUAUUGAGAAGAGAGGUUACUCUUGGAGGUCCGGCGUCUUAUGUAAUCGUUCAGUAUUGAAAGGGGGUGCUUGGCCCAAACCAUACCAUCUUCUGGCAUUUCUGUAAUUUCCAGAAAUCUGUUCUUCUUUAACUGGUCCAGAGUCAACUCUCACUUUCUAUGUUCGUAUCCUUCAUGCUGCUGGGGUACUUUGAACCCGUAGGGCUUACAGUAUGGUGGGAGGUUUGUGCCUUACAUGUUAAAGAUGAUUGUAGUUUGGAUCUGUUCAUAAUGCAAGAUGCAAAAGGGAAUUGAACCAGCUUUUCGUGGGAAUUUAGGAAAAAUUCUCUUUUGGUUCUCUCCUAUCAUUGUUUGUAUAUUUAUAUAUUUAUGGAGUUAACUUAUGCUAUUUUUGGCUGUGCUUCUCCGCACGGAAUGCUAAGGUUUCAAGAAACUGUAGGGCUUUGAGCAGGUGCUCUGUUUGUGCUUUACAUGGUAGUGAUUACAGUAGUUUAAACCUGCUCAUGUUACGAGAGAGAUUUGAAUCAAAUGUUUGUGUGAAAUUGGGAGAAAAAAAAAAUUGUUGUCAUUGUUUGUACACAUUUGUAUGGCAUUUUUGGAGUUGUGCUAUAUCUGGCUGUGUUUCACCGCACAGAGCUCUGGUGAUAUUAUUUUCAUGCCACUGACACUUCGUGACCAAAGAAAAAGUAUCUAAGG